AUGAAGCUUUUAGUCAUAAACCCCAACUCGUCACAGUCAAUCACCGACAACUUGAAAAACGUUGUGCGGCCAAUUCCAGAGUUCAAGUUUGACUUUUUCACUGGGCCUCCCUCUGCGCCAUCUUCCAUCAACAACUCCCACGACGGUGAAGUGUCUGCCAAAGCCUGUCUCGAAAAGCUGAAAUCAGACUCUGCGUAUCUCAAAUACGACGGAUACCUUGUCUGCUGCUACUCAGACCACCCGUUGGUUGGUGGACUACGGAAGCUUGUCAGCGUGCCGGUGAUGGGCAUUUUCCAGGCUUCCCUGCUCUACUCGCUGAAUUAUGCUACAGAAGCGACAAAAGUCGGUAUUUUGACGUCAAAUAAAAGCUGGGAGCAAAUACUCGACGACUCGCUGCUGGAUUUUUUCGAUUCCAAAAGUAUCCCCAAGUUCAUGACUCCGACGCUGGCCGCCGAUGUGAACGUGCUCAAGCUGACUGAUCCCGAGAAUUAUGCCAAGAUUAAGAAAAAGAUUGGGGUGUUGAUUGCCCAAAACGCAAAAAUUAUCCUACUUCCCAGAUACUGA